AUGGCGGAGGGAAUUGAUCGUCGUGCAGAUGAGCGAAUGGAGUUCUCGACCUCCAAGGAGGUUACAGUGGCCCCUACUUUCGAAGACAUGCACCUGAAGGAGAAUCUUCUACGGGGUAUUUACGCAUACGGAUACGAAUCUCCCUCGGCAGUUCAGUCGCGCGCUAUCGUUCAGAUUUGCAAGGGUCGUGAUACCAUUGCCCAGGCGCAAUCUGGUACGGGUAAAACUGCGACCUUUUCUAUCAGUAUUCUUCAGGUCAUCGACACAGUGGUGCGGGAGACUCAGGCACUGGUGCUAUCACCUACUCGCGAACUUGCAACUCAAAUCCAAUCCGUUGUCAUGGCGCUUGGCGAUUAUAUGAAUGUUCAAUGCCACGCAUGCAUUGGCGGUACAAAUGUUGGAGAAGACAUCAGAAAACUCGAGUACGGUCAGCAUGUUGUUUCUGGAACUCCCGGCCGUGUGGCAGAUAUGAUCCGACGACGCCACCUUCGAACUCGGAAUAUCAAGAUGUUGGUCCUCGACGAGGCAGAUGAGCUAUUAAACCGGGGUUUCCGAGAGCAGAUAUACGACGUUUACCGUUACCUACCCCCUGCCACUCAGGUUGUCGUCGUUUCGGCCACUCUUCCUUACGAUGUGCUAGACAUGACCACGAAAUUCAUGACUGACCCAGUGCGCAUUCUGGUGAAGCGUGACGAAUUGACCCUUGAAGGUCUGAAGCAAUAUUUCAUUGCCGUUGAAAAAGAAGAGUGGAAGUUCGAUACCCUUUGCGAUCUUUAUGAUACUUUGACCAUCACUCAAGCCGUCAUUUUCUGCAAUACUCGCCGUAAGGUGGACUGGCUUACCGACAAGAUGCGCGAGGCCAACUUUACCGUGUCGAGCAUGCAUGGAGAAAUGCCACAAAAGGAACGUGACAGCAUUAUGCAAGAUUUCAGACAGGGCAACUCCCGUGUCCUCAUUUCAACUGACGUUUGGGCUCGUGGUAUCGACGUUCAGCAAGUGUCGCUGGUUAUCAACUAUGACCUCCCAAGCAACCGUGAGAACUAUAUUCACAGAAUCGGUCGAAGCGGUCGGUUUGGUAGGAAGGGUGUUGCCAUCAACUUCGUCACCAGUGACGACGUGCGUAUUCUGCGCGAUAUCGAACUUUACUACUCUACUCAGAUUGAUGAGAUGCCUAUGAACGUCGCCGACUUGUUGUCGUAA